UAGGGGACCUUUAAACUGCAUCUCAUGGUCUUCAUCAGUACAUGGAGUUUGGUCAGCUAGCAUAGCACCUUUACUCACUUCAUUGCCAUGCGUUGGCUAAAAAAUGCAGGAAGGAUACAUGGAGCAAAAUAUAUCCAGUACCUCAUCUCUAUAUGUAAAUUAUUUGUCACACUAAAUAGGACAAUUUAGUUAAAAGAGGCCGAGAUAGGACAAAAAACUGUAUGUUUGCAAAGAGUUCAUAUAAAGCUCAGGCACAACAACAAGUGAAGCAGAGCACAAAAUGGACUCAAGAAUGCCAUGCCAGUAUGUCCAUCUCUUUCUCAUGCAGUAUGUGAAAAUACAAUAACUGAUGUACUUUUCCCUACAGGGUGACUACCCAUGGAUGAGUUACGUCAGCAUGUCGGCUAUUUUCCUCUUCGUGAGUUUCUUUGAAAUUGGUCCUGGUCCGAUUCCAUGGUUCAUAGUUGCUGAACUGUUCAGUCAGGGACCCCGACCUGCAGCCAUCGCUCUGGCUGGCUGCUGCAACUGGACCAGCAACUUCAUCAUAGGCAUGACCUUUCCAUAUAUACAGACUUGGUUGGAUUCGUAUGUGUUCAUCCUGUUUGCUGCGCUGCUUUUCGGCUUCACAGUGUUUAUUUAUCUCCGGGUCCCCGAGACCAAGGGCAAAAGUUUUGAAGAGAUUGCUGCUGUCUUCCAGAAGGGCCGGAAAAAAUUGGAGCAGGGCACCAAAGACGCUACUGAACUACAGGAGCUCAAAACAUCCACAGAUGCUUGAGACAACAGCUGUGUAUUAUUUAGGUAUUUAUGUGUGUGCAAAAGUGUGUCUAUCUGUCAGUAUUUCAAAUGUCAAGUGUUUAUCAUUGAAGUAUUUUAACAGUUGGGUUAUUAAGGAGUUAAUCACAGAAUUACACUUUCUUCUAAUAUAAAUAUGAGUGUUACAAAAACCAUCAGGGACUUACAAUAUCACAUGUAUGGCAUAUGAAGUGGUGUUUACAUGUAAUCAUAGUAUAGACUUGGAGUACAAUGCUAUUGUGAAAGUGAAAAGGGACACUUGUAUUGUUGAACCCACAGUGAUAUUGAGACUGACUCUGUGGUCCCACUGUGCUGUGCUCCAUAUCCAACCCAGUCCCAUUACCAAAUGUGACAAAGUAGGCAAAGUCAGGAAACAGCUGGUGAACAUGGAGGCGUAUUAAUUAAGCAGCAAAGAGACCGAUAUUUCAUUCAGACGAAAGGAAAAACCAAAGGAGCUGAAAGGAAAAAUAAUAUUUGGCUCACAUUCAUCGACUGGCUAAAAAUCAGAAACUCCAGAUGUUUGCUAAUCUCUGUCUCUGUCUGCUUGAUUAGUUAAAAGGCAACUGUUGGAAGAAAAAGUGUUUUUUUACCGCAGUGAUUGCUGCUCCUUCUGCUGGUUUAUCAUUCAGAUGUAUUUAAAUAAUGUGACAAGAAAUAAACAGUAUUUUAUUUAUUGGCGUUACGCUAAAGUAAUUAAUGGUCUAUCACUACCAAAAAAGGAUAUUACUUAUCUAUGGAAUUACUUCACCAUUUUCUGUCUUGAAAUAUACA